AGUGGGGUUCCAAAUCCAAGGCAUUUGGUCCCAUUCUUAGGCUUUUAAGUGAACCAAAAUGUCUCCGCCAUGUAUCCACACCCCUUCAUUUUCAGUUCUACUUGUACACUUGCUAGUUGAUAGCACAACCAGGAUCACAGCAUGGCAGAUUCCAGCCCUCUGUUGCCUCCAUUCCUUCUGGCGGAGCCAGAAAAUUCGGCUGUCGAUGAACCUCAGGCGUCUCUUGAUUCGGUUGUUGAAAGGGUAAUAGGAGAUUUUGGAUGGACCCAAUUAGUUCAAUCCACUCUUGUAUUGUUAUCAAGGUUCUUUGAUGCUCAGCAGACAUUCAUUAGUGUCUACGCAGACUCGGAACCGGCGUGGCACUGCAUCAACAAUGGCAUGUGCAACUCAAGUGCUAACAUAUGUGACCUUUCCAAGUCUUCAUGGGCCUGGAAUGGACACACUUACAAGACAAUCAUAUCGGAUUGGGAUCUUGAAUGUGCAAGCUCCUUCAUAAAAGGCCUGCCAGCGUCGUCUUUCUUUCUCGGUUGCUUGCUUGGUGGUUUCGUUCUAGGCACACUUGCUGACACUUCUCUUGGCAGAAAGAACUUGCUAACACUUUCUUGUCUAAUAAUGUCCAUAGCUUCUCUCAUGACCAUUUUCUCCACUAAUGUAUGGAUCUAUUCUGCCUUCAGAUUCUUAAGUGGAUUUGGCCGUGCAGCAAUUGGAGCAACUGCUCUUGUGUUAGCCACUGAAAAGGUAGGAAGCAAAUGGCGUGGCCAAAUGGGAACUAUUGCUGGAGUCUCCUUUGCAUUAGGGCUAUUAUCUUUGCCAGGUAUAGCGUAUAUAAACAGAAAUUUUUCAUGGAGAACUAUCUAUGUAUGGACAUCAACUCCAUCCAUCUUGUAUUGUGUACUAGUUCAUCUUUUAGUACUCGAAUCUCCCCGCUGGCUUUUCUUGCAAGGCCGCAAAGAAGCUGCUAUGGCAAUAUUGAAAAGACUUGGUCCAACAAGCCUGAACUUGUGCUUACCCUACAUUUCCCUCGAAAAGGAAGCACCAAAAACUAACCUCUACUCACCAAUCAAGAUUUUACUCGUGAGAAAAUGGGCUCUUCAAAGGUUGUUAAUUGUGAUGCUAACAGGUUUUGGCAUUGGAAUUGUGUAUUACAGCAUGCCUUUAGCAGUGGGAAACCUGGGCUUCAACAUCUACUUGAGUGUUGCAUUCAAUGCUUUAGCUGAAAUACCAUCAUACAUCAUCUUUUCCUUUAUCGUAAGCAAAUGGAGCAGAAAGGGAUCUCUUCUUGCAUUCACUACAUUAGGUGGCAUUUGCAGCAUAAUGUGCAUCAUGAACUGGAAGGAAGUGGUGCUAAUUGGACUGGAGCUGGUAUCAUACUUCAGUGCCUGUACAGCUUUUAUUAUGCUAAUGAUUUACACACUGGAAUUGUUUCCAACGUGUGUCAGGAACGGAGCCUCGUCGAUGGUAAGGCAAGCACCUGUAUUUGGAGCUGUGUUUAGCCCAAUUCUAAUUUCUGCUGGGAGAAGUAACAAGGUCUUGUCAUACGGGGUGUUUGGCUUGGUGAUCUUGUGCUCUAGUGUGUUUGUUUUCUGUUUGCCAGAGACAAGAGGUGUGGCGCUUAGUGAUACCAUGGAUGAACAAGAAGAGAAAGAACAGCUUGCAAUGUAAUUAAUGGCGAUACAGAAAAUUUACAUGUCAUUCAUUUCUGCCACUUUUAACACUACUUUUCUAAAUUAAAAUAUUUUCUUUGCCACCUUUGAUUCGGUUCAAUCUAAUUUCGUGGACAUCACAUUUUAAACAGGAACCUGAAAAUCUUUCGGUCUGUUUAUCAGGGGGGGAAUUAAUGCUCAACUUGUUACAACUUUGACAGAGCAGCUCCAAUAUCGUCCUAAUGAGGAAAGCCCAUCUUUUGAUGAGGUCCAAAGUCCUGUCAUGAUUGGGUUCAUAUAUGCAAGAAAAAGCAACGUCUUCGGCCUGUAUAAUGUUGUUGAGACCAUAAACUGACUUUAGUUUGCCACAGUGG